UCUUUGGAAAUUAAUAUGGCAGAGUUUGCCGAGGCCGAGCGCAUCUGUGGUUGGAUUUCGGAUCUGAGCAGCAAGGAGGCUCGUCCUAAGGCCAUGCUAGAGCUUUGUGAGCGUCGCAGUAAAAUCGGAAAGCUGGGCCCCAUGUUGUGGCAAGCGUGUGGUGCUGUGUCCGGGCUGCUGCAGGAGGUGAUUGACAUCUUUCCGGCGGUGUCGGUCAACAAUCCGGACGAGGAGCAGUCGCAGCGCAUAUUUGCAGCACUUGGCCUGAUUUUGUCCAUCGCCAAGCAUCCGAUUACUGGAGUGGAGCUAAUGCGCACCCAAUUCCUGUACUUUCUGGCCCCGCUGCUGAAGCUCACCCAGAAAACGCGUCCCAUCGAACAGUUGCGCCUCUCGUUGCUGAUCAUCGUCUGUGUUCUGCUGAAUCUGAACACGACGGAGAGCAUCUGCUACACAAUAGCAGCAGAGCUGAUUCCUCAGCUGCUGAGCCAGCUGGAGUACGGCUCGCGUACGUGCAAAAUACUCUCUUCGUAUAUAUUGUACCGCAUCCUGGACAAUGCGGUGGGUCUGAGGUUUUUCAAUCGUCGUCUGUCCCGUCGCACCCAUCUGGUGCACACUCUGGGCCGCAUCGUCCAUCAGCAGACACUGGAGCCGGAUCCUCGUAUCCUGAAGCAUGUGCUGUGCAUCUACAAACGUUUGGCCGACUAUCCCCACAGCCUCGAGAUGAUCCAGCUACAUUUGCCAAUGCAGCUGCGCAAUGGCUUCUUUUGCCAGAAAAAUGCUCUCGUUUAUGACACCGUCGAGGCCGACCUGCGGGAGCUCAAUCAGAAGGUGGCCAUUAAACCUAUUAAUAUGGUCAUGGGCCAACCCAUUUACUCACUUAACUGACGCACACGGCCAGUUUACACCUCGACAAGUUUGACUCGACCCUUUUUUUGAUUCCACCUCCAUGUAAUUUGUCUUGAGAAUAUACUGGUACUCGUACACAACCCCCACACAUACUCGUAUCUGGGGUGCUGGCAUCAGCAUGUAAA